CAACGAAAUUAGAGAAAGAUAUAUAUAAGCGCGAAGUCUUUUAAAAAGGUUCCUGAUUUAAUUUCUCCAUUUUCUGUCUGAUUCAAUGGAAACUGUAGGAGAUUCAGGGAAAGGGAAGGUCAGGGUGUUGAUAGAGAAGGCCACCAAUUCGACGGCGGCAGAGGUCGACCCGCGCCUCCUCAAGGCCAUCAAAUCGGUCGUCCGAUAUUCUGAUUCGGAGCUAAGACUGGCCGCACAAACCCUAAUGGAUCACAUGAAACGCGACCACUCUCAGGUCAGGUAUCUGACACUUCUCAUAAUUGAUCAACUUUUCAUGCGAUCAAAACUUUUUAGGACCCUUCUUGUUGAAAACUUGGAUCAGCUGUUGAGUUUAAGUGUUGGCUUCAGAAGAAAUCUGCCACUUCCUGCUCCACCAGCGGUAGCAUCUGUUCUGCGUUCAAAGGCAAUUGAGUUUUUAGAGAAGUGGAAUGAUUCAUUCGGGAUUCAUUACAGGCAGAUCCGGUUAGGUUUUGACUAUCUUAAACAUACACUUCGGUUCCAGUUUCCUAAUAUCCAGGCAAAUGCUGCUCGGAUUCAGCAGGAAAGAAGGGAAAGAGAGAUGAGAUCAAAAGAGAUUCUACAGAACAAGUUUGCAACACUGAAGGGAAAUUUAUCUUCAAUAAAGGAAGAGGUACAGUCAACAUUAGAUGAGAUUGGGGAGUGUUUAAAAAUUGUUCAUACUGAAAAGGAAACUAUACCUCUUGGUCCUUUAGAUGAUGAAGAUUUUGAAGAGUUCCGCUCUUCAGAAUUACGGCAGAUCCGUCUUGAUUCAUUGAGAGAAGGAGAAAAGAUUCAUGAGAACAGUGAGAAUAAAGUAGUUUUUGAUGCAUUGAGGGAGCUGUACAAGCUUCUAGUAACGAAGCACCUGGUUUCAGUUCAAGAGUGGAUCUCUGUUCUUAUAAGGGUUGAAGUAUCAGAUAAUAGAUCUAGAGAUUCAAUGCUGAAGGAAUUCAUUGAUAUGCAGAAUCGUCUCCAAACUGUUAAGAAGAAAUGUAUAGAAUUAGGUUAUGCUCUUCCAGAUACUACAAAACGUGAGAAGAAUGAGGAAGAAGAUUUUUGGGAGGAGGGUAAAAUUGAAUCAUUUGAACAUGAGAGCUCUAAUGCCCUCAAUAAGCUAAAUGAUAAUACCUCGGUGGCUUCAACUUCUGGAGAGGUGAAAAAUAAAUCUCCUGAAAGCAGUAAAGGGAAAGCAAAUUGUAAUCAAUCACAGAGUUGUGAACAUGGAGGAGCUGAUUCCAGCUCACUUAGAAGUAAGCUCUUAGCUGAAGCUCCAGUUAUAAAUUGGGGAACGUUCUUGAAUAAUUGGGGUUCAGAUCAGGUUUUUCUUGCCAACCAGAGGGGCUUAGAGCUUGAAAGUCACUGGGGUAGGGUAGACUAUGAUGCAGUUAUUCCAGCUGAAAAAAUUGCAGAGCUGAACAUUCGUAGAACUAUAUAUGAAGAAGAGCAAGUAGAAAUACAACCAUGCCGUGCCCCAUUACACAAAGGUGGACUUUGUCAGAGGAGAGAUUUGAGAGCUUGCCCUUUCCAUGGACCCAUCAUACCCCGAGAUGAUGAAGGAAAUCCUAUCAAUAAGAGCACUUCAACAAGUGACACAAUUCUUGAUUCUGAUUUAUUAGAGCAAUUAGCAAAACAAGCUGUAAAGAAUGUUCGGGAUCGAGAUACUGAGGAUGCUAAGAAAAGAAAAUUGGAUAAGCAAUCACAGAAGCGAGCAAAGCUUGCAAAGAUUCGGGAACAUAAUGAAGCAGUUCUGAGAGAUGCUGCAUUAGCAUCGACCUCAAAUUCAGCAUUUGUUGGGGAGGAGGUGAUGGCAACCACUGGGGGAAGGUCAGCCUUAAACAAAAAGGAAAGCCUUGCGUCAAUGCUGCAUAAGAAAGAAUCAGCGAAAGAUAGGUUAGCACAGAGACUUUUGAAUACCCGUACAAGGGAUGCGACAAUAAGGCAGCUGACACUGGGUGAGGAUACAAAUUACAGAGAAGCUUUCCCCAAUCAAUGGUAGAUGGACGCCUUUUUUGGUUUUCUGACAUCCAUAAAGGACUGAACUUCUGCACAUGCCUAUGCUGCUAAUUGAACAGUUUCAGUUUGAAGGUAAAUAAUGAUUGCAUAUCGAUCUCGUAGAUGAUUGUAUUCGUUCAAAUAGUUGGCUUUGAAUAUUUUUGAAGUCGAGAUAUCUACUUAGUGCAUUGUGAAGGAUUUUCAGUGGGAGAAAGAUUGGGAUCGGUUUGUUGUCAAAUUCUCUUAUGAGGUUUUUUUCUUUUCUCCCUGAAAUAUUUUUGUAACAUAUUUAACCACUGGACACAAAUAAAGUAUUGGAUCAUUGUAAAUAAAUAAAAUCUUUAGGGUCAGAGACAGAACUAGUUAUGAAUA